AUGAGGUUGGCAGAAAUUCAAGGUGUCCUCAGGGGAGCCUUCUUGCUGCUUGGACUCUGGGAGCUUCUGAUUCCCAUCCAGUGUUCUCCAGGCCGUCCCUCAUGGCAUUACAUCUCCUCUGAGAUAGUGAUUCCCAGGAAGCUGAUGCCCCAAGGUAAACUUGGGCAGGUGCCUGGCUGGCUUUCCUACAGCCUACACUUUGGUGGCCAGCGGCAUGUCAUCCACAUGCGGUGCAAGAAACUGUUUUUGCCCAGGCAUCUGCAGGUGGUGUCCCAGGAUGACCAAGGGGCUUUGCAGAUGGACUACCCCUAUGUCCCUAGAGACUGUCACUACCUCGGCUUCCUAGAGGAGAUUCCUUAUUCCAUGGUCACCAUCACCACCUGCUACAGGGGUCUUGAAGGUAUUAUGAAGUUGAAUGAUCUUACCUAUGAAAUCAAACCACUGAAUGAUUCCCUCAUAUUUGAGCAUGUUGUUUCUGAGAUAGUGGCAGAUGCCAACAUCACAGGACCUACCUACGGACUGGGAUCCAAGGACCCUCCAUUAUCAGAAGCAAACACUCCUGUAGCUCCAAGGAUCUCUAGUAAACUCUAUGCAUCUCACCAAGUCAUGGUUGGUCAUCAAAACAGACCUGUGAUUAUGAUUGCUAUGACUAUAGCCUUUAAAGUUGGGAGGACUUUUGGUUUACAAGUUGAUAAAGAAACUUGUUAUUGCCAGAGACGUUCCACCUGUAUAAUGACUAAACAGGCUGUAAUGACAGAUGUGUUCAGUAAUUGUUCCAUUGUAGACGUUCAGAAUUUAUUUGAUCAAGAUUCACACUGUGCGUUCCAACGUAUACAUCAGCAUUUCAAUGAUAGCUUGACAAAAUGGUUUUGUGGAAAUUCUAGAGUGGAUCCUGGGGAGCAAUGUGAUUGUGGCUCUUUGAAGCAGUGUUAUAACAACAGGUGCUGUGAACAGAACUGCAAACUGAGCACCGGAAGUCUUUGUAAUGAAGACCUCUGCUGUACAAAUUGUACUUACUCCAGCCCAGGGACACUGUGCAGACCUAUCAAAAACAUAUGUGACCUACCAGAGUACUGUACAGGGUCAUCACGUUUUUGUCCUGAUAAUUUUUAUUUACAAGACGGAACACCAUGCUCCGAAGUUGGAUAUUGUUUUCAUGGUAACUGCACUGACCGCUCCAUACAAUGCAAAGAAAUCUUUGGUCCAAGUGCUGUGGAUGCUGACAGUGCUUGCUAUACUAUAAAUACCAAAGGCUCUCGAUUUGGACACUGUAGGAGAGAUGAAGAGUAUAGGACACAUGAUGAAUGUAAACCUCCAGAUAUGAUGUGUGGGAGACUGCAGUGUACCAAUAUCACUUACCUUCCAAAUUUGCAGGAUCAUGUUGCAUUUCAUCAUUCAUUGAUCUCUGGGGCCCAGUGUUUUGGAUUGGAUGAGCACCGUUCAACGGAAACAAUUGAUGUUGGUUACGUGAGACCUGGCACGCCCUGUGGUAAUGGAAAAUACUGCUUUCUGGGAGGCUACUGUAAUGGUAGUUUGCACAAUCUGAAUUACGACUGUCACCCUGAAAAAUGCCACUUCAGAGGAGUGUGCAACAAUCAAAAAAAGUGCCAUUGCCAUGUAGGUUGGGAACCUCCACUAUGUCUAAACCCAGGUGCUGGUGGGAGUGAAAACAGUGGGCCUCCUCCAAGAAGAUUCAGAAUUGUGACCACAAGUGAAUGGACAAUCAUAUAUUUCAGAUUGCUCUUUGCUCGUAUAUAUUCAUUCAUUUUUGUACUUCUCUUUGGAAUGGCAACAAAUGUAAAAACCAUCUCUAAAAAAAAGGACGCAGUUGAGGAUGUUGAAACAUAA